UUUGAUUUCCAUAUUGUUAAUUGUAUGUUAUUUUUUUCCUUCCCAUUUGACAUAGUCCGAUUGCGUUUUAAUUGUCAGAUUGUGUGGCUAAGAAGAAACACAGAUUCAUCUUUUUAUUAUCGUUUUUUUAUAAAAAAGAUUUCGGAAUUUGUACUGUGAAUGUGUGUGCGUGUGUGUAUAUAUAUUAUAUUUAUAUCUUGGUCAGAGGGGAAAUAAGCAAAACCCAGUUGCAUGCUGUUACCCAAUUUGUAUUUGCAAUCAAAGAUGGAAGCUUUUCUGAUGAAUUUUCACAGUUUAAUUAGCUAAAAAAAUGUUCAGUUUCAUUUUCUGUGUGUGAUUUUUGUUUCUGUGGAUGUGUUUUGAUGGAUAGGAUGGUUUCAUUGACUAUUCCUCAAGGAAGAAACUUUGGGCUUCCAUUCAUGAACCUUGUUAGGUUAAAGGGAAUUCCCAUUCUCCAACAGCUUCAUUUAGAGGAGCAAUUGCUUCGGACCUCGUCCGAUAAUUGGUGCAUUAUAAAUGAUGGAACUAAUGAUCCUGCUAUUGUCAUGGGUGUUUCGGGAAAACCUGCAGAGCUUCUUGAAAUUGAUUUGGUGUUACGAGACCAGAUUCCCGUCAUUAGAAGGUUUACUGGAGGUGGUACUGUUACUGUUGAUCAGAAUACCCUAUUUGUCACUUUCUUAUGCAACAAGGAUGCGGUUCCUGGCUUGCAACCAUAUCCUCGACCUAUAAUGUCGUGGAGUAGCCUAGUAUACAGCAAAGUGUUUGAAGGACUUGCUGAUUUUCAGCUUCGUGAAAACGAUUAUGUAUUUGGUAGCUGCAAGUUUGGUGGGAAUGCUCAAUCUAUUAGUAAAAACCGGUGGAUCCACCACACUUCCUUUCUAUGGGACUAUGAGGUUAGGAACAUGGCAUACCUGAAGCAUCCAAAACGGGUUCCUGAAUAUCGAUUGGCAAGAGACCAUUUAGAAUUCAUAUGCCGCAUGAAAGACUACAUCCCAAGAUCAGUUUUUCUUGAGAAAACAGUUGAGGCACUCGGAACCCAAUUCUCCGUGAGACCCGAACAGUCGGACACCUUUGAAGCUACCUCGAAUACAAAGUUUGUACCCUCAACUAGACUUUUGACAAGGCAGGAAUUAGAGGAAGCUGCAGCUUUUGACUCUCAAGCUGAGAGAAAUCUCACUCAAUCAUUGUCAUUGUAAUGAAACUGUGAAUGCUAAGAAAGACUCUCAAAGGGGAACUCUCUGCCACAUUAUGUUUUUGACGCAAUGUUUUAUAAUGUUGGCACGAGAAUUAAUGUUAAACUGUGAGAUAACACAUAGUCUAUAAAGCUUCUCACAGAGUCUCGUUAACAUUUCUUUUGAUUAUUCAUUAAAAAAUUUCAAUAAAUGUAACCCUUUUUUAUUCAAUCAAAACAAAAGCUAUACACCUUUUUGCACAACGAGA